AUGACGACCUACGAGGCCGUCAUGGACAGGGCCGAGAAGUCUGUGGACCUCUCGGCCCUGGGCAUCGAGGGCCUCCGGUUCCGCACGGCGCGAACCGGCGGUCGAGUCUUGGAGGUGGCUGGCGCCAACAAGGGCCAUAAGGCCGACGAACUGGCGGCCAAGCUGCGGGCGACGAUAGGAGACGUCGCCCGCGUCUCCCCGCCCGAGCUCUGCGCAGAAAUGCGUAUCUCUGGCCUGGGAGAUGCGGCCACCAGCCAGGCGGUAGCGGCGCAAGUGGCGAAGGUGGGGGGUUGCCCUGAGAGUGGAGUAAAGGUGGGCGUUAUCAACCGCCCACCUGGCCGCCAGGGCACUGUCUGGGUGAAGUGCCCGGUCAUGGCGGCCAAAAAGAUCGUCGUCGCCGGCCGUUUCACAGUCG